UUAGGAGGAAUUAUUACAGCCUGUACAGCUCAGGAUGUUAAAGGCGAUAACCUCCACGGCCUGGUUAUUCAUUAGCAAGAAGGAAAGCUUCGGGGAGAGCAGGGAGAGCGGGACUGGCUCAGCUGCAGGCUUGAAGGAGGGUGAGAACGGCUGGAGCAGGCCGGCCUGGGAGCUUUUGCCUGGAGUUAGCCUCUCCGUAACUUUUUCCUGGGACAGAGGGAGAGGUGGCUGCUCUUUGUUCUCAGAUGUCCCUCUAAAUAAAACCCUUUUUAUUUUAUUUAUCGUUGGGGGUCCAAGCAGUCAGGAAGAAGCACCUUCCCACUGGACCUCCUCCUGCUAGGUCCUCCCUUGAUUUUUGCCCCAGGGCAGCAGCUACAAACAGAAAGCCAGCUGUGAGUGUCUUGGCCAAGCCCAGAUCUGCCGGGAGAGAUCCUAAGCAGGACUUUAUAGCUCUGCUCGGUAUGGUGAGUUGCAGCUGAUUUGGAAGCUGCCUGGUGGAGGACAGUGGCUCUGUACAGCUUGUGGGGAGAGGAUUUUCCUCCCCCGCUACUUCUACCCAGAACACUAUGGGCAGCGUCUGCGUGAGGCUCUGGGCAUACCUGCAGCCUUUUCUCCCAUGCUGGUCCCAAGAGGCAGACAAGUCAGUGGUGAUUGAGAAUCCAGGGGCCUACUGUCCCCCAGAGGCUCCCAGGUCACAAGAGCCGGAGAGAAGCCAUGGCCAGUAUUUUGUGGCUCUGUUUGAUUACCAAGCCCGUACCGCAGAGGACCUGAGCUUCCGUGCCGGCGACAAACUCCAAGUCUUGGACACUUCGCAUGAGGGCUGGUGGUUGGCCAGACAUUUGGAGAAGAAGGGAACCGGCUCAGGUCAGCAGCUGCAGGGCUACAUUCCUUCCAAUUACGUGGCGGAGGACCGGAGUCUCCAGGCAGAGCCGUGGUUUUUUGGAGCAAUCAAAAGAGCAGAUGCGGAAAAGCAACUUCUGUAUUCAGAAAACCAGACGGGUGCCUUUCUAAUCAGAGAGAGUGAGAGCCAGAAGGGCGACUUCUCCCUCUCAGUUUUAGAUGAAGGGGCAGUAAAACACUACAGAAUACGAAGGUUGGAUGAAGGUGGCUUCUUCCUCACCAGGAGAAAAGCCUUUUCAACCCUGAAUGAAUUUGUGAACUACUACACCACAACAAGUGAUGGGCUGUGUGUCAAGCUGGAGAAGCCAUGCUUAAAGAUCCAGGUACCCACCCCUUUUGAUUUGUCCUAUAAAACUGCGGACCAGUGGGAGAUAGACCGCAACUCCAUACAGCUUCUGAAGCGCCUGGGAUCUGGUCAGUUUGGAGAAGUUUGGGAAGGCCUGUGGAAUAAUACCACUCCAGUGGCUGUAAAAACGUUAAAGCCAGGUUCAAUGGAUCCAAAUGACUUCCUGAGGGAGGCCCAGAUAAUGAAGAGCCUUAGACACCCGAAGCUCAUCCAGCUCUAUGCUGUUUGCACUUUAGAAGAUCCAAUUUAUAUUAUUACAGAGUUGAUGAGACAUGGAAGUCUGCAAGAAUAUCUCCAAAAUGAUGGUGGGUCAAAAAUCCAUUUGAUUCAUCAGGUAGACAUGGCGGCACAGGUGGCUUCCGGAAUGGCCUAUCUGGAGUCUCAGAACUAUAUUCACAGAGAUCUGGCUGCAAGAAAUGUCCUUGUUGGUGAACAUAAUGUCUACAAAGUAGCAGAUUUUGGACUUGCAAGAGUUUUUAAGGUGGAUAAUGAAGACAUCUAUGAAUCUAAACAUGAAAUAAAGCUGCCAGUGAAGUGGACUGCACCCGAAGCCAUUCGUACCAAUAAAUUCAGCAUUAAGUCUGAUGUGUGGUCUUUUGGAAUCCUGCUCUAUGAAAUCAUUACUUACGGCAAAAUGCCUUACAGUGGUAUGACAGGUGCUCAAGUAAUUCAGAUGUUGAGUCAAAACUACAGACUACCACAGCCAACUAAUUGCCCACAGCAAUUCUACAGCAUCAUGCUGGAGUGCUGGAAUGCUGAGCCUAAGCAAAGGCCGACAUUUGAGACCCUGCAUUGGAAACUUGAAGACUACUUUGAAACAGACUAUUCAGAUACAAAUAACUUCAUAAACUAAACAGCAGGGAAAAAGAAGAAAUAUAAUGAAGAUGUGAAAACGUGGGACUCAUCAGUCCAGAAAUACUAUCUACUCAACCAACUGUGAAAUCAGCUUAUUUUGACAUAUUCAGGUGGUAGGAUGAACGCAACCAUGCAUUCCAUAUCAAAAGGAUAAUCUGUGUAUUUUAUUGACUAGGAAACACUGCAGGACAGUAUAAGAUGAUGUGUCAUUUUUCCUUACUGCCUGGUAAAAUCAAUCACACUAAAUGAAGUUUUUUUGUUUUUUUUUUUCCUUUUGAGAACUCCUCGCAUUUCUAUUUAUUGUUUGAAAUGCCGAUCAAGAGAAUCAACAGAUGACAGUGUUUACUCAGUUACUGUUGUGGCAUUUUCCUGUUUACUGAUUAGACUAGUUAUUCAUUAUUCCUCAAAUUGCUGAAUCCCAUCAGGCUGUUAUUAUGAAGGAAUUUGAUUGCUUUGCCGCACAGCAGGACCUGUGCUUUGAGAUAUUUUUUUUCUCUCUUUUAAAAUAUCCUGUAACUACAAUGAUGGCAAAGCCAUGUUAAAUGACUUGAUUGUACUUGAAGUAAUUGCACAUACUUUUCCUAUGCAUAAGAAAAUGAAGCAGCUGUUGAGAAAAAGAAUUAAAAUCUUUCUCAUUUUGUAGAAGGAAAUGACGGAGUUUGCUCUAUACCUCAGUAUGUGUCAUUGGAGAAUCAUCUGCAUUAGUUUUAAUCUCUUAAUGUCAGGAAUCAGGUUGCAAAGCCAAUGAAUUGUUUUGUAUGGGAAUAUAAGGGAACUACCACAUUGCUUACCAGGUCUGAGAAAUAGAUAUUAAAGUGACUUAGGGAAGCUAGCAGAGAGGCGGAGGAUUGCUGCAGAUUCCUAAGUAAUAAUAAAAAGUUCCUUUGGCACACAGGCCCAUUUUAAAUUGGCUGCAAGACAGGCUAAUCCGUGUGGUAGCUCUUGAGGCUAGGAAUAAUGUCCGAACAUAGUUAUGAACUGUAGCUUUUGUCUGUUAAGUCUGGAUGCUUUUUAGUAUCUUAAUUUUUUUUCUAACAUUGGUAAGAACUUCCCUGUUUUCUUAGGCAAUGAGUGUAUCAAAUGUUCUGCCUCAUUGGAUGGUUAGCAAGACUUCUCCCAAGUCAGUUCGAUAUAUUCCAGGAUCUUCUAAUGUGCAGCGCUGAAAAACAUUACAAAAUGAAACAGAGUAUAUCCAGUUUAUUUUUCAUCCUUCUUUAAGAGAGAGGGGAAUAUCUAGAUGGUCACAAGGAUCCAUUGGGAAUUAAAAAACAUGUCGAUUCUUUCUACUAGGAACUAGGAGAGACGGCAUCAGGGACUAUCCAUUAGCAGUUUGGUGAUGUCACUACCCUAGCUGCAUUUCUGUUGCCAUCAUAGAAAUCCUGACAAAAAGCAAUUUAGAGGAGACAAGGUUUAUUUUAGCUUACAAUUCUGGGUAAUUGCAGCACAGCAGGAAGUCAUGUGACAAGAGCUUGAAGCUGAUGACAUCACAUCCGCAGUCUACAAGGAGAGAAACCUAACUACAGGCACUCAGGGCUUGCUUGUUUGUUUACUUGUGCUCCAUCCCAUAUCUACACUCUUCAAAAGUUUGGGACACCUGUGCCUAGAAAAUAGUGUGUCACACAAUGGGCUGAAUCUUCCAGAAUCAAUUAACUUAAUUAAGACAAUUCUCUACAGACAUGCCCACAGGCCAAUCUAAUAUAAAGAAUCAGCGUCAAUUUAUUUCAACUCUCUUUCUUGGUGAUUCUAGGUGCUGACAAAUUGUCAAUUAUAGCUAGCCAUUAGACCACUUAACCUAUCAAUCUUUUCCAUCUACCACAAGCAUUGUCUGGGUUCCACUGAUCACGGGUGGCCACCAGUGGUAAGUUGUAGUGGAUAGCCCUGGGCUUGUAUUUUGAUGCUAAUCCCACUCCUCAGAGGGGCUGCAGAUGAGGAGUUGCCUUUUGAAACUUCUCCCCACCUUUUCAAAUAAAGGCUUGAGCCAAUGAUUGGGCAGGAGGAAGGGGGAGGAGCUGAGAGUUGAGGGGAGGAGCCAUGGGGAUCAACAGGUAGGAUAGUUGCUCUGAGGGAACUAUGGAGAGGCUGCAGAGAGAGAAGCUCAUGGCCUGGAGAAACUGCAAGUUAUAUGGGAUAAUAUAGGUGGAAAUAGAGUAGUGUAGUGAUAGAUCUGCCCAAUCUAGGUUUAUAGUUCGUUUUGUUACUGAUUGAGUUGAGAUUUCUUUUACCAGGGAAUUGGGUUGGAAACAAAGUAGCAACAGUAAGUGAGGCUCCUUGUUCUCUUAUAUUCAAGAAGACAAAAUGGGCAACUUCAUUCAGGCAUUGUUCCAAGCUUCUUAAACACACACACACACACACACACACACACACACCAUACCCAUUUGGGGGAGGGGAAAGCAGGUGGCAAACGGUCCUGUGGCCAUUGGAAAAUGAUCAGCACAGCGAAUGUGAAUGCUAAGUGUUGAUUGGUUUGGAAGAAGGUCUGCACUGAAGCUGGGGAUAUGAACUUCUCCAAGUCAAGUUGUUUAUUCAAAUAAAAUUAAAGAUUAGUUGCUGGUUAGGUGUCCAUUAUCAGAACUAUUUAAGGUGAACUAACUGUUGGAAUCAAUCUAUGUACAUGUAUGCAUUCAUUUAUCAUCUCAAACAUUUCUGAAGACUUUAAUCUGGAUCAUGUGUAAAGACUUUAUAGACUUGCUCAAAGAAGGAAAAGCAUUUGUAAAAUAAGAUCACCAUUAAUAUUUUAAUUAUUUGACAGAGCAUGGAGUAGCUUCAAUUGUUUAUUUCAGAUUAUUUGGUCUAAUGUAACCAAGGAGAAGACAUUCAACAACUAGUUGGUUAAAAUGAAAUUUAAAAAUUAAAAGGACUCCUUUUCCUGAGCUCAUUUCUUAAGAACAGAUUCUUCUUGGGGAAUAUGUAGAAAUAAGAGAUAAUACUCCCAUUUCAUUGUGCAAAUUCAAAUGCUAUGUACUUUUAUGUGGUAGAUGAUAAUAAUAAAUUUGUAGCAAGAUCUGGUUUUGAAAUAUAAAAUGGUUAUCCGUUCCUGCUUUAAUAUCACCUGAA